GAUGAGACAAUAAAGAUACUAUUAUUUGCCACACGAACGCGCACAGCUUGCGCCGGAAAACUCAACAGCGGAUUAAUGACCAAGCAGCUAUUCUAAUUACAUUACGGUGGUUCGCUUGUGUCGCAUUCUUUUCUUACUUGUUUCCGCUUCAGUUUUCAUCUUUGAAGUUACGCAGACGGGACAUGUCCUCUUGCACGGUAUGAAGGCGAGGCACUGCGAUGCACCUCCGCGAUGGGCGAUGACGUCGCUUUACGAUUCUUCCGUUCUCGCUGGAUCUAUCUCCAAUGAAGGGUGCCCAGCGGACACGGAGGACAGUAAUGUGGCAUCACCGAAGAAUAAAACUCUUCUCUGCAGCGGCAGCCGUGACGAGUCCCCACCACUUCCGACUGCGUUAGAGUCAUUUCCAACAAGCCAUGUUGGCGUGCUGCACCGCACACACGUGGAAUCCUCCCAAGAGGCCGUGCGAAAUUCCGCAGGGGCGAGACACGAGACCUUGUCUGUACCAGAAGCUGGCACUUCCUCCCGCAACGAGGAAAUCUCAUCGCCGAGCAUGGAGGCAACGUUGCGCGCUGCACAAGCGUGCGAAGAACGCCUGCGACGCGCUCAAACGGCGGAGGUAGCGGUUCUUACGCGCCUGUACACGUGCACUGCGUCACUUCUCGACCCAUCUACCGUCCGCCACUCUUGCUCCCUACCGCCUGCAGGUGCUGACAGCAGAAUAGAGUCACAAUGCCUGCAAGAAAGCAGCGGGCUUGAGGUAAAGGAGGAAAUGCGUGAAAGCGCACACAAGAGCAGCGCUGCAUCGACGCAGAGUGAUGCUGGGCUCGGCACACACCCUGCUAUUCCCCACGAAAGGACAUUGAAUGUGUGGCUUCCGAUACUAUCAGCGCCGUUCAACCGAGACACAACGGAUGCUUCUCCGCCUGUGCGAGGGCGGCAAUUCCGCGUGCCUUCAGCUGGCCUUACGGAUGACGCGGACCUGCUGUACGGCGCAUUGCACAACCUUAUCGCGCCGCACAACGCACCGCCAUUACGACGAGGUUCUCGAGAAGGAAAGAGUGAUUUGGCUCCGAAGAGCUCCAACGUUGCGGCGUUUACUUCAUCACAGCCGUUGGCGGAGCUAGCGUUGCGAGUGGCACACACAUCAACGAAGGACGUUGGGGCUAGUGCAAACGCACUCAACACGACCUUUCAUGAAGCCGACAAGUAUGCUACUGGUAUGCUCAGUCGUACUUUUCAACCGACUUCGCCACCUACGAAGAGUGAGGCUUUGCAAAACUCGGUAGCGUUCUUAGGGGGUUGUGAACACUGCACUUUUCCUCCGCAGCUGCCGCAGAGGAACUCGCUCGCAGAGGGUUCGAAUCGGAGUGUGCCUUCACCCCUCCGGAGCGCGACACCGACGUCCACGCUGGGUGACACAGAGGAUGAGGGUGUGUUCUUUCCUACUCCACCGCGGAGGACGGCUCAGAAGGGCGAGGCGGCCGGCAAGUGGCACGAUAUGGCAGCGCAUUGUGCGCCUCUCGCCGUUGCGUCCCCAGUAGCGAAGGCGGCUGACCCAAAUUGCGGCGAAUCUCCAGUAGGUACCGGUGGUGGGGCAACUGCGCUUUCCGCAGAGGCUGUCACUCCCUCGCGUGUGCUGGUGGAACAGCCAAGCGCUUCUGAACCCCUAAGGAACAUUAACGCGUCAACUGCGAAAUUGUUACGGAAGACGUCAGCGUUCGACUCGCUGUCUUCGCGUAGGACGUUUCCCAAUGGAUGCUCCUUGAACCAGACGGAGGUCGGUAGGUCGCCUCAUCCGCUUGCGCCACGCGUUGAGCUGACAGCGACCGAUAUUUUGGCUACAAUCACCGCUCUGCCGCCACCACCUCUACGCUCUUUUGGUUCUCGUCGAACAAAGAGCGCCAUGAAGCGCAGCGCGACCACCGGCAAAAAUCGUGAUGAUGCUUUGCAGAGCACGAACAACGCGCGGAGAGGCCCUAGUAAGCGCGAUCGAGAGAACUGCUUCGACGAAGGCGAUAUCAGAAGAGGCGUUGAUGCUCACUCUCGCACUGCACCGUUUGAAGGACUACCGUGCCUUGGUGUCGACGUGGACGCUGCUGCGGCAGCUGCUGCACAGGUGUACUGCUCUCAACAGCCUCCGCCUCCUACAGCCAGCCUUGGCGUUAGUGCGAGCCUCGACGCUGAUCACUUCAUGUUUCAGCAGCGAAGAAACACAAACAGGGACGUCGUGUCUGCACCACCACUUCACGGGUACGUGCGCACGCGACAGCAACGCGCAGAAGACGUGCGCCAAACAGAGGCCAUCUUUCGGGCUGUGCGUCGCGCUGCCGCUGGCGGUGGUGGAGGCGGUGGUGCCGAGGACACGCCGCAAUGUACCCUUUCUUCAAACCUACCACAGCAGCCGCUCAACUUGACAGGGGAGGACACCUCAGCAGCGCCUUCUGCAUCUCAGGCGUCGUAUGACGACUCUCUUCCAAACACACCAUCGCAAUACUGGGAGAUUGAUUUCCCGUGA